GAACAUGAACUGGAUUAAUAGAAAUUUCUCAGAAAAAAAUAUUCAAACACCAAGGAUCUCACUUUGUGCUGUGAAAUGCAAGAUGAGCAAUCUGAUCUGGACAUACCAGUCUUCAGUCAGGCAACAGGUGAAUAUGCAGGUAGAAUUAUAAUGUGUAAAGCCGGGUGCGGUGGCUCACGUCUAUAAUCUGAGCACUUUGGGAGACUAACGCGGGCGGAUCACUUGAGGUCAGGAGUUCGAGACUAGCCAGGCCAACAUGGUGAAACCUCGUCUCUACUAAAAAUACAAAAAAAAGUUAGCUGUGCAUGGUGGCACGUGCCUGUAAUCACAGCCACUUGGAAGGCCGAGGCGAGAGGAUGGCUUGAACCCGGGAGGCUGAGGUUGCAAUGAGCAGAGAUGGUGCCACUGCACUCCAGCCUGGGCAACAGAGAGAGAUUCUGGCUAAAAAAAAAAAAAUUAUAAUGUAUAGGAUUGUGAAUGAUCACUCUAACCAACCAGUGGGCAAGUUGCUUUGCUCAGCGUAAGUUCAAACUGCCACAUCAGAACGUUAUUUGAGUGUAUACAUACACAACCAUUAAAAGUGGCCGUUACCACGAUGCAUUCUGGGAAAGAAGCAGCACCAAAUCCAAGAUGGCGGCCAGCAGGAGGCUGAUGAAGGAGCUUGAAGAAAUCCGCAAAUGUGGAAUGGAAAACUUCCGUAACAUCCAGGUUGAUGAAGCUAAUUUAUUGACUUGGCAAGGGCUUAUUGUUCCUGACAACCCUCCGUAUAAUAAGGGGGCCUUCAGAAUCGAAAUCAACUUUCCAGCAGAGUACCCAUUCAAACCACCGAGGAUCACAUUUAAAACAAAGAUCUAUCACCCGAACAUCGACGAAAAGGGGCAGGUCUGUCUGCCAGUAAUUAGUGCUGAAAACUGGAAGCCAGCAACCAAAACCGACCAAGUAAUCCAGUCCCUCAUAGCACUGGUGAAUGACCCGCAGCCCGAGCACCCGCUUCGGGCUGACCUAGCUGAAGAAUACUCUAACGACCGUAAAAAAUUCUGUAAGAAUGCUGAAGAGUUUACAAAGAAAUAUGGGGAAAAGCGACCUGUGGACUAAAAUCGGCCACGAUUGGUUCCAGCAAGUGUGAGCAGAGACCCCGUGCGGUACAUCCAGACACCCCGCAAAGCAGGACUCUGUGGAAAUUGAUACGUGCCAGCGUCUGGCGUUCGCUUGCAGCAGUUACUAACUUUCUACAGUUUUCUUAAUUAAAAGUGGUCUAGGUAACCUGUAAAGAAAGGAUUAAAAAUUUAAGAUGUUCUUAAAAAAAAAAAAAAAGUGGCCAUUAAUAGACGGAACUAUACACUGGACUAGUUGGUGUUUUAAAAACAUAAAAUCUGGCUACCCUAACGGGAUAAGAGUUCAGACAUCAGGAUGUUGACACAGGGUCCUACCAGAACCCAGGGUUUACUUAGAGAACAUAAAAGAAAAGAGAUUGUAUGCUCUAUUCCUUGCUUUUUUCUUUUUUUUUUUUUUGGUGGAUGUAGUUAGGAGAUGGGAUGAGAGUGGCCACAGGAAUUCGAUGGGUCGUAGGAAAUCCAUUUUUGUUUUAAUUGAUGUUUCCCGUUGAACUGACAUUUAGAUUGAAAUACCUGCGAGCCGGGUUUGGUGGCUCACACCUGUAAUCCUAUCACUUUGGGAAGCUGAGGUGGGUGGAUCACCUGAGGUCAGGAGUUCGAGACCAGCCUGGCCAACAUGGUGAAACCCCAUCUCUACUAAAAAUAAAAUAAAUAAAUAAAUAAAAGUAGCCGGGCGUGGUGGCAGGCUCCUGUAAUCCCAGCUACUCAGGAGGCUGAGGCAGGAUAAUCGUUUGAACCCUGGAGGCAGAGGCUGCAGUGAGCCCAGAUUGCGCCAUUGCACUCCAGCCUGGGCAACAAGAGCAAAACUCUGUCCCCCCCCACAAAAAAAAAUUGAUUGAAAUACCUGGAAUUCACACCAUAAUUGGGGUGUCUUUAGGCUGAAAUGGAGACAACAGAAGGUGAGGUGGCUUGGACUCAGGUGGCAUUGGUAAAGGAAAUGAAACGCAUGCAAAUUUCACAGACAAAAGAGUAGCUUUGCCACCUCUCAUUUUGGCUGGGCUGCUCUGAGGUGCUGCAUCUUUUAUAGUGUCUAGGCUCUCAUCCUUAAUGACAUUUUCAUAUUCUCCAUCCCCCAUCCCCCACCGCCUCUCCAGUAAGGCCUUUUUGACAAGCUGCACUUCCCUGCUUUAGUAAUUGGUGAUAAGAUUUGUCCUGUAGAACAUAUACAUAGAGGAUUGUUCACUCUCCUCCUUUUGUGAAAUAAUUUUUAGAAAUUGAGCUGUUAAAGAUUGUGUUUGCACAUAUUUUUUGGAACAAGAACUUUAAUUAAAGGAUCAAAAAGCCCAAGCUCUUGCUUUUGAAUAACUGAAGCCAGUGUCUAUAAUUUCUUGUAUCUAAAAUCUGUAGAAACUAGUUGUGUGAUUUCAGGGGUGCAUGGGGCCCCUUGGGUGUCUGAACAGAAGGGGGUGGGAGGGAGAGCCGCACCUCUGCACUCUUGCUCUGCUGGUGUACUGGGCAGCUGCCCACCCCCACCCCACCCUGCACUGCAGGCUCUGGAGUCAGCAGAUUAAGCAUUUUAUAAAUUAUAUUUUAAGUGUAUAUUUUAAACUUGUCAAAAAGAUAAAUCUAGCUUCUUUUACCUUUAACUUGUAAAGAAAGUUUGCCUUCUUGAGUUCUCUUUGUCAUGGGCAGUAGGAGUAGCUCGCGUGAGUAUCAUCAGUGAAGGGAAACCCACACAUCUUGGUGAGCAACAAGAAAUCACCAUGUUAAGAUUCCAGGGAUUUUCUUCCCUGGUCAUUGUCGUAGCCAGUGUCUUCAUGGAAGAUAUAUUUUUGUUUCAUUACCAUAUUUGAUGCCUAAGCAUUUAAUAAUCAGUUUAUGACUACUAAACUUUUGAGGAUCUUAGAAUUUAACUGGCUCUAGAAAGUGGCAGAGAAACCUACACAUGAUUCCAUGUCCUAAUCCAUAAGACAUGAGUGAUACAUGCUGAGGAGGGAAGGUGAGUCACUCCCCCUGUUAGUCUGAGGGAAUGUGUAUGAGUCAUUUUGUGCUUCUUUUUUUCUUUAUUUUAUUUUAUUUUUAGCAUAAUAAAGUACCAAACCAAGAGUUGUCCGGUUUUUGUUUUGGAGAGUGAGGGCUACUGGUGAGGGUAGAUUUCUGAACUACCCCAGAGAACGUAGUCAGGAACCUCCCAGCAGGAUGAGAGAGGAGCCAUCAGCUGGAAGGAGAGGGGAAAGGAUCAGGAGAGGUAAGGGAACUAGGAUUGCUUAACAUGCAAAGGGUAAAGUAGAACCAAAGAGAAUUUUUGUGCCCCAACAGGAGCAGGAAAAUCUGAGAGGAUGCCAACCAACUUCUAAGAUUAUUUUAUUGAUUCAGAGAAAAUGCAAAUUUCAACCACAGCUAAACAAUAAAAAGGGAAACUUUUCAUUUAGAACCAAUAGUUAUCAUGAGUUGAUUAAAAACAUGAGCUGGCCUAAAGGUGGUAUCCUAAACUUCUGGAGUGUGGAAAGUGAUUGUUAAAUUGCCUUAAUUCUCUACCUAACAUUUUUCUACAAUGCAAGCAUCUAAGAAAAGACUGAAAAAGUGGUGACCCAGAUAUUUGAAAAGUCAGCUUUCACCCAAAUAUGAGAAAAUUUUUAAAUGUCAGGUGGGCAAUGAUGUUGGUCUUGCUCCUCCAGGGUGUUUAUCUUGCAGGGACACUGUUGGGGUGCAGGUGGGGUGGUCAUGAGGACACCAACCUGCUCUGUGAAAUCAAUUUCCAAAGCUUGAGCUCACUUCCAAAAACACUUCUCAAGCAUGAUGAUAACCAACUAUAGAUUUAUCCUGAGGGAAUAAUCUUUCUACAAGCUUUUAUGUUCACUGUGUUGGCUUGUGGCAGCUAGUGAAAACUGGAUGAUUUCCUCCCUUAAUCUAGAGGUUGACCAUUUAGAAACACAGCAGAAGAGACUUCCAAAAUGAAUAAAUAUCUCCUGCUGUUUGAAAAGUGAACCUUCUAACAGAUGAAGAAAUUGCCCAGGCAGGUAUUCUGAGUCACUGUGUGAUUCUGGACAUGCCACUCAACCUUUCUCCAGGCUUAAGUGAAGUUAAUGUUUUUCCUCCCACUGACUCAUGAUGGUGCCUUGGGGACAGAAGAAAUGAAUGUUAGAAAGUCAAGUGCAAAUUUCUAAAAUGCCACAGGAAAAAUCAGGUAAAAAACAUUUUUUUGUGAAAUGUAGCUGCUGUGUAAAAGACACGUGGCACACAGCCUUCCUGGCUCAGGGACAAAAAUAUUCAUCUUUCUAUAAUUCAAAACCAAAAGUGGAACAACACCAUGGAAGGUUUUAAGAAGGGAAGCAGAGUGUCCUUUUUAGACCAAUGAGACUCACCAAAGUAGCCACUAGACCAUCAAGUUUGAGAGACACAACUUCAUAAAACACAAAUGUCUGUAAUCCCAGCACUUUGAGAAGCCAAGGUGGAUGGAUCACUUGAGCGUAGGAGUUUAAGACCAGCCUGGGCAACACAGUGAGACCCUCAUCUCUACAAAAAAUACAAAAAAAAUUUUGCCAGCUAUGGUGGCACAUGCCUGUGAUCCCAGCUGCUUGAGAUGCUGAAGUGAGAAGAUCACUUGAGCCUGGGAGGUUGAGGCUGCAGCAAACUAUGAUUAUGCCACUAUAUCCCAGCUUGGAUGACAGAGCAAGACCUUAUCUCAAAAAAGAAAAAAGAAAACACAAAUGCCUGUUUCUGUAUUAAGAUACUCUUCUAUUACCAUGAAAAGCUUGGAGAGGCCAGGUGCGGUGGCUCAUGCCUGUAAUCCCA